AUGUAUUAUCUAAAAAUUAUAAAGUUAUCGGCAUUAAUUGCUGUAUUUUUAUUUUUUAUAAGUGUAGUUAGUGCUCAAGAUCUUAAACAAUAUCUUGAUGAGCGGCAAAAAUUAAGCGAUGCUGAAAAUGCAAUAAAAGAUGAUAACACAGGCAUUCACUUAUCUCCUUCGGAACAAAGUGCAAACACCAUAUUCAAAUCGAUUCUACAAUACGAAGAGUUAUUAUUGUCAAACAAUGAUCCACCAGCAAUCAAUUUCUUUAAUGCAAAAGAAAUAAUUGAAAAGACACAAAUUUAUAGUAUAUUAAAGAAAUUACCAAAAGGAUCGAUUUUACACAUUCACCAAGAGAGUUCUGCCACAUAUGACUACUUGAUUGAUGUUGGAACCUAUUUGCCAAAUUGCUAUAUCUAUAUGGGUAGUGAUCCGGUGAAUGGUCAUGCCUAUGGAGAUUAUCAUUUCUUUGCAAGCCAGCCAUCCGAUUCCAAUUGGGUAUUACUCAGUCAUUAUCGUCAAUCAGCGGUUUCCAAUGUCACUGCUUUCGAUGACAUGUUGCUUACCAACUUGACUUUAAUUGGAAGAGACGACGGUGAUUAUGUCAACCUCUGGAGAAAGUUUGAUGGUAUCUUUGGUAGUGUUUCUGGUCUGAUUACAUAUGUUCCUAUUACACUUGGAUACAUGCAGCAUCUAAUUAACCAAUCGAUUGAAGACAACAUCCAACACAUAGAAAUCCGUAAAUGUUUCAGUGACUACUACGAUCUCCAUGGAAACACCUACAACGACACCUGGUUCACCCAACAAAUGAUUCAAUUAGUUGAAAAAAAUAGAGUAGCAUACAACAUGCCAGAGUUAUCAUUAAAAAUAAUUGGUUGUGAUUCAAGACAUUCAAAUCAAAGUUGUUUAUUUAGUUUUGUUUAUAGCCAAAUGGAAUAUGCUUUAGAAUUAAGAAAUCAAUAUCCAGAGAUUUUUAUUGGUUAUGAUUUGGUUGGUCCGGAAGACGAAGGUUAUCCAUUGAUUUAUUUCAUCGAUCAGUUUAUGGAUAUUAUAAAGAAGGGUGCAGAUAAACAAUAUCCAUUGGAUUUCUACUUCCAUGCAGGUGAAACACUUUUAUAUAAUAACACCAACUUGUAUGAUGCCAUUCUCUUGAAUAGCAAGCGUAUCGGACAUGGUAUCCAACUCUCAAAGCACCCACUCCUCAUGCAAAAAGUUAAGCACAACAACAUUGGAAUCGAAGUAUCACCCAUCUCCAACCAGAUCUUAGAGUUUGUUAAUAAUUUCCGUGCACAUCCAGCAUUCGAUCUUUUAAACCAAGGACUUCCAGUCACUAUCUCACCGGAUGAUCCUGCCAUUUACGGUUACUCUGGUUUGACCUAUGACUUUUACGAAGUAGUUACAGCAUGGGGACUCGAUUUAUUAAGAAUCAAGCAACUAGUUCUCAACUCACUCAAGCACAGUGCCUACUAUAACAAUACUGAAAAGAAUCUUGCUCUUACCUCAUGGGCAAAGAAAUGGAAUACAUUCAUUGAUUAUAUUAAUACAUUAACUCCUCCAUCAAAUUAA